UCCUCAUAGCGUGGGAAAGACGCAAGCUGCCGGCAUCCGACUCGGGGAUUUAUGCUGCUAAUCUGAUUAGUGUAUGAUGGACGUGUCCAGUUGGAAGGAGAUGGAGGUGGCACUAGUCAGUUUUGACAACGCUGAUCAGAUCGUGGAGGAUCCCUGUUAUUCAAAUGACCUCAGCCCUGCUGCCCAGUCGCGGAAGGGCCAUCCCAGCUGCACCAACCUCCUCUCCAACUUGAGGAUCCUCAUCAACAGCGAAAACGCCAACAAUGAGACCAUUUUCUCCAGGUUCUCCGCUGAGUUCAGUGAGCACCUGGUUGGGGAGAGGGUGGGCAUGGAUGAGGGGGACCAACGAGUCAUCAUCAACAUCGCUGGGCUGAGGUUUGAGACGCGGCUCAAGACCCUCGACCAGUUCCCUGAGACCUUACUUGGGGAUCCAGAAAAGAGGAUGCGUUACUUCGACUCCAUGAGGAAUGAGUAUUUCUUUGAUAGGAACAGGCCCAGUUUUGAUGGGAUCCUGUACUAUUACCAGUCCGGUGGGAAAAUACGGCGCCCGGCCAACGUCCCCAUCGACGUCUUUGCUGAUGAAAUCACCUUCUACGAGCUGGGUGAUGAAGCCAUGGACCAGUUCAGGGAGGAUGAAGGGUUCAUCAAGGACCCUGAGACCCUCUUACCAACCAAUGACUUUCAUAGGCAAUUCUGGCUGCUUUUCGAGUACCCCGAAAGCUCCAGUGCAGCCAGGGGUGUAGCUUUGGUCUCCGUCUUGGUCAUUGUCAUCUCCAUCAUCAUCUUCUGCAUGGAGACCUUGCCGGAGUUCAGGGAGGAAAGGGAGUUUAAGUCCACCCAGGAGCUUUCUAAGAAUCUGACAGACACCUUGCUGGCCCACAGUACCUUCACGGACCCUUUCUUCGUCAUAGAGACUGCCUGCAUCGUCUGGUUCUCCUUUGAGCUGUUCGUCCGGUUCAUCGUGUGCCCCAGCAAGACUGAGUUCUUCAGGAACAUCAUGAACAUUAUCGACAUCGUGUCCAUCAUCCCGUACUUCGUGACGCUUACCACCGAGCUCAUCCAGCAGAGCGAACUCAAUGGGCAACAGAACAUGUCCUUGGCCAUCCUGCGGAUCAUCCGGCUGGUCAGGGUCUUCCGUAUCUUCAAGCUCUCCCGGCACUCCAAGGGGCUGCAGAUCCUGGGGCAGACCCUCAAGGCCAGCAUGCGGGAGCUGGGCUUGCUCAUCUUCUUCCUCUUCAUCGGCGUCAUCCUCUUCUCCAGCGCCGUGUACUUUGCAGAAGUGGAUGAGCCACAGUCCCAUUUCUCCAGCAUCCCCGAUGGCUUCUGGUGGGCCGUGGUCACGAUGACGACCGUUGGCUACGGAGACAUGUGUCCCACCACCUUGGGUGGGAAGAUCGUGGGGACUCUGUGCGCCAUUGCAGGCGUGUUGACCAUCGCGCUGCCCGUCCCCGUCAUCGUCUCGAACUUCAACUAUUUCUACCACAGGGAGACAGAGAACGAAGAGAAGCAAAUUCUGCCCGGGGAGGUGGAGCGAAUACUCACCAGCGUGGUGACGGGCAACGGCAGCAUGGAGUCGCUCAAUAAGACCAAUGGGGGCUACCCUCGAGACAAGGCCAAAAAAUGAUGGUCGAGGCCAUGACGGGACUGGGCACUGUCAGGUGGGAUUGGCUGGAUAAGGUAUAAAACAUCUGCAGGCUGUGAUUUUUCAUUUAAACCAAAUGUGCUGCUGCUUUUUUUUUUUUUCCUAGACAUUUUUCAAUCUCUGAUUUCCUGCGGCUGUUCAAAUAAAUACCAUCUUUCUUAUCUCUC